AAUGGGAAGAGAGGAGGGGAAGUCUCAUCUAAUCCUCUGACUCUACUACGAAGGUGAAGCGAAGCCAAAGCAAUGGAGAGGAACCGCGUCAAAAUGCUCGUUUAAAGUUUGAAGAAAAGUAAGAUGCCCGGUUUAGUGUCAUGCCUUGGCGAUCUAAUAGUCACUGGAAUCCUCAUCCUCUUCUCUGACCACGUCAAAUCAGAGAUAUGGACCAAUGAAGUUUCAGACGUCCAGUUCGGUGGACUGGGCUCCAGGGUCACCCUCACAUGCGGAGGCUCACAUGGCGGGUCUCCGGUGGAAUGGCGGUUCAAUGGGAGCUCAGUACCGACGUGGCAAACACACGAGGGCUCGCUUGCACUACUCAACACCACACACUCAAUGGAAGGCAACUACAGCUGCCAUGAUGAACGAGGAACUUUACUGCAGUCCAUCAAACUACGCCUGGGACAUCCGCCUCAUUUCGUCAGUGUUUCUUGCCAGAUACCGAAUCAUAUGAGAAUCCACUGCUCCUGGGUACAAACUAAGACAACACACCUGCCCACAAUCUACAGAACCUCCUACAGCGUUGGAGGCCGAGGGGUCGAACCCUGCGAGCAGAAGCACAUUGGUGUGAACGAGUGCACCAUUACUGACCCACAGUUCUGGAGCAACUCGAAGGUCCUGGUAAACAUCACCCAAAUCAACCCUGGCUCCAACUCCACCAUUAUCCAAAUAGAUGCUCAUGAACUCUUAAAACCGGAUCCUCCGGAGGAUGUUCGAGUUCUUCCCGUUGAAGGUCAGCCCACACAGUUAUUGGUCCGCUGGAGUUGUCCUUCAUCCUGGCCGACUGAUAGCUUGUCUUUUCCCUUGACAUACCAACUGCACUACCGGCCGAUCGGCUCCAACCUCUGGUCAACGCUGGAGACGGAGGAGAACACGAGUCUGAAGAUUAUGGAUGCUCUGGUGGGUCACUCUCAUCAGAUCCAGAUCCGAGCUCAGGACGCCCUGAUCAACCACAGCCAGUGGAGUGAGUGGAGUCAUGUGGUGGAGGCCCGGCCCUGGAUCGAGCCUUGGGAAGAGCCAACGGAGGAACCAGAUUUUAUCUAUCCAUUUGACAAUUUGUCAUCUCUUGUGAGGACAACAGGCAAGUCCCCAGAUUCAUUACACUCGAACGGAAGCCUCGGUCUGUUGGUUUUGCUGGGGCUGUUUGCAGCGGUCAUGGUGGCUGUGUUAUUAACUAUCAUCAUGCUUCUAUGGGUGAGGCAAAGGAAACAAGACAAUGUGAAGAAACAGGAACUGACUUCCAUGGUGAAGAUGAAGUCCAUCCCGAUCUGAAAUUUGAGAAGUUGUCCGUCUCCAGGUCAGCCCUCAUAGGGCAUCAGUAUAGGGAACCACCACCACUGCCACCACAGCUGACAGACUCCGUUACCCACAAUACACCUCUCCUCUCAGCAGAGCUCUGAGGGACGUCAACUGUGAACAUGUACAGUCUACAAUGUAGCACAACGCAAUGGAAAAACACAAGGAUUUCUUUCUCUCUUUGCUUUCUUCUGCUCACGGCAAAUGAAAAACAUAUUUUUGUGUAAUUCGUUCUUCCCGAUAUUCUCCACUGGGGACGCUGUGAAAAGGCUCGGCUUUGUGAGCAGCAUACGGGGCAUUAUGGAGAAAGUGUCUUCGUCAGUGUUUCAGUCCUCAAACUCACUCGUCUGGCGAAAAAGACACUCCGUAUAACUUAAGACAGCUGCUAUCUUUGG